AUGUCUCUUUCUAACAAGCUCUCUAUAAGCGAUCUCGACCUCAAGGGAAAGCGCGUCCUAAUCCGUGUCGACUUCAAUGUCCCCAUUCAAGACGGAAAGAUAACAAACCCCGCUAGGAUCGUAGCCGCUCUUCCAACCGUCAAGUAUGCCCUGGAUAACGGCAAGCGUCGAGCACGCGCCGUCAUUCUGAUGUCGCACCUCGGCCGUCCUGACGGAAAGGUCAUCGAAAAAUACUCGUUGAAACCCAUAGCAGGAGAGCUAGAGAAGCAGCUCGACAAGAAGGUCAAUUUCUUGAACGAUUCUGUUGGCCCUGAUGUCGAAAAAUCCGUGGACACUGCUCCAGAAGGCUCCAUCAUCCUGCUCGAGAACCUGCGCUUCCAUAUCGAAGAAGAGGGUUCAGUCAAGAACAAGGACGGGACGAAAACCAAAGCUGAUCCAGCUAAGGUCACUGAAUUUCGUGAGGGGCUCACCAAGCUCGGCGAUGUCUAUGUCAAUGACGCCUUCGGCACUGCCCAUCGCGCACAUUCAAGCAUGGUUGGCGUGAAGUUGCCUCAAAGGGCCGCAGGUUUUCUCAUGAAGAAGGAGCUCGAGUACUUCGCAAAGGCCCUAGAGAACCCCGAGCGACCUUUCCUCGCCAUCCUCGGCGGUGCAAAGGUUUCAGACAAGAUCCAAUUGAUCGAUAACUUGCUUGACAAAGUCAACUCUCUCAUUAUCUGUGGCGGAAUGGCCUUCACCUUCAAGAAGACUCUUGAUCAAGUUGCCAUCGGCAAUUCUCUCUUCGACGAAGCCGGUUCCCACAAAGUUGCAGAACUCGUCGAAAAAGCAAAGAAGAACAACGUUAAAUUAGUCUUCCCUGCAGACUAUGUUACCGCUGAUAAGUUCGACAAGAACGCCAAUACCGGCACGGCCACUGACCUAGACGGUAUUCCCGAGGGGUGGAUGGGUUUGGACGCGGGUCCCAAGAGUCGUGAGCUUUUCAAGGAGACGGUUUUGGAAGCUAGGACUAUUCUCUGGAACGGUCCACCUGGUGUCUUCGAAUUCCCUGCAUUUGCACAAGGAUCGAAAUCUCUUUUGGAUGCCUCUAUCGAGGCUGUCAAGAAGGGUGCCACCGUCAUCGUCGGUGGUGGUGAUACGGCCACCGUGGUAGCUCAAUACGGCGAGGAAAACAGCCUUAGUCAUGUCAGUACUGGUGGUGGUGCGAGCCUCGAGCUACUGGAAGGAAAGACCCUUCCUGGCGUCGCUGAGUUGAGUGAGAAACAAAAAUGA